GUUGAGGAGUUAACUUUAUCCAUCCCUUUUCAUUCCAGCCUCAAGGGGGACGUCCCAGCUCCCAGUUUCCUGAAGAACAAUAUGAACCCUCAUCUGAAUAUCCCAUUCCCCCUUCUAGAAAGUUCUCUCUAGAACGAUAUAAAGAGCAGGAGAGUUUGUCACAGUAACACUUUCCACAGGACACAACCCAAGAGGAGAAACCCUGCAAAUCCAGCGCGAGAAUGAAAAUGGCAGACAUGAAAACAUCUCAAGGCUGUGACCGCUGCUUUUUGAGACAGACAGGAUGUGGAUGACUAACAUUGUAGCUCUUUGUCUGCUGGCCCUAGUGGCCUCCGCAGAGGAUAAAAAGCUGAGCAGCCAUGCCACCACGCUGGCUGAUAACAGCGCAAAUCUGGCCUUCAGCCUCUACCACAACAUGGCAAAAGAGAAAGACACUGAAAACAUCCUCAUAUCUCCUGUGGUGGUGGCUUCUUCUCUGGGCAUGGUGGCCCUCGGUGGCAAGGCAUCCACUGCCUCGCAGGUCAAAACCGUCCUCAGUGCUGAAAAACUGAGGGAUGAGCAUUUGCACGCAGGCCUGUCGGAGCUGCUCUCUGAGGUCAGUGAUGCUAAGACACGCAACACUACUUGGAAGAUCAACAACCGCCUCUAUGGCCCCAGCUCAGUCUCCUUUGCUGAGGAUUUUGUGAAAAACAGCAAGAAGCACUACAACUACGAUCAUUCAAAAAUAAACUUCAGAGACAAGAGAAGUGCAGUCAACUCCAUCAACGAGUGGGCAGCCAAGUCCACAGAUGGAAAGCUGCCUGAGGUCACCAAGGAUGUGCAGAACCCAGAUGGAGCCAUGAUUGUCAACGCUAUGUUUUUCAAGCCUCACUGGGAUGAGAAAUUCAGUGCUGAAAUGGUGGACACGCGUACUUUCCUGGUAACCCGCUCAUUGACCAUUGGAAUUUCCAUGAUGCAUCGUACAGGUUUGUAUGACUUCUACGAGGACAAAGAAAACCGUUUAUUUGUGCUGAACAUGCCUCUGGGCCAGAAGCAGGCCUCUAUGAUCCUUAUCAUGCCCUACCACCUGGAGCCCCUGGAUCGCCUGGAGAAACUUCUGACCAGAAAGCAGGUGGACACCUGGAUCAGCAAGCUGGAGAGAAAGGCCGUGGCCAUUGCCCUCCCCAAAAUCGCAGUGGAAGCCAGCCACAACCUGCAGAAACAUCUGGCUGAUCUCGGCCUGACCGAGGCCGUUGACAAAGCCAAGGCUGACUUGUCCAACAUCUCUGGAAAGAAGGACCUCUACUUGUCCAAUGUCUUUCAUGCGUCAGCCUUGGAACUGGACACGGCUGGAAACCCGUUCGACACCAGCAUCUACGGCAGCGACAAGCUGAGGAACCCCACCCUUUUCUACGCAGAUCACCCCUUCAUUUUCCUAGUGAAGGACAACAAGACCAACUCCAUCCUAUACAUUGGCAGACUAGUUAGACCUAAAGGAGACAAGAUGCGUGAUGAGCUAUAAUGUUAGUGUUAUGAAUUGUGGUGGGUGCCUCUGACUGUUACCUCAUGAGCACAUUCCAAUAGGCAAACUGUGGACUGAGUACCUAAGCCUACUAUUACUUUAUAGGUACACCAAACAUUCCCAGGGAACAUUCUAUAAAAGUUUUAUCUCUCACCAUUGAAUCCUUUUCUUCUUUGAGAUAAACAAACGGCAGACAACAUGCUUAUAUUAAGUAAGUUUUCUUUAUACCUUGUUUUUCGAAAAUCCGUGUGCAUUUUCUUGCAUCAUCUUUAAUGUUUAAAGUAAAAAAGAUCGUUGCACGUUUGUUUUCCAGCUCUGUCUCACUUCUUUCCUCCAUGCAUUCUGUGGUUUUCAAUUUUGCCUCCAGUCUGCACUGAAUUGUUCCCCUGCUCGAGGUGAAUGUGCAGAGGAAAGGUGGAGGAAGCGUGGUGCUCAAUUCGUUUGCCAACCAUACUGUGCCAUUUUGUUGCUGUAGGUAGUUUCCACAAAGAAGCUGUUGGAAUUGUGUGAUUAUGUAAUAAUGUGUUAAUUUUUCAAUAAAAAUAACAAAGAGGA